ACAUUUCAGUAUCUGCUGUGAUUUCAUAGUGUCUGGGUGUGUUUGAAAAACGGGCAAGAUACGAACGCAAUGAAGUGUAUCUUAAUUAAUUAAUUAAUGGAAUAUUAAUGAAAAACGGUUUCAUUGAAAAUUAAUGCGCGAGUGCUAAAAAAUUAUUGCGUAUUUUCGAUUAAUAAGAGAAACAUAAAGAAAACAUUGACAUAUAAAUGAUUGUGUAACCAAUUCUACAAGCAGCUACUAAAAUCAUACAAUAAAACGAGAAUUUUAGUGUUGUGUCUUUAUGUAAAUAAAAUACCUAAUAACCAAAAAAAAAAUUAAUUUUAACUGCCCACGUAUAACGAAAAUAUUAAUAACCAAACAAGUUCAAAAAUUCUUGGAAUUUCAACGCGAAAGCUAGCGCCAGAUAUAAAGAUACAAAUUCCAACAAACACGUACAUAAUUUUCUAUUACUGCCGUUGCUGUCUGAAAUAACCAGAGCAUCAUGCAAGCGAUUAAGUGUGUUGUUGUUGGCGAUGGUGCUGUCGGUAAAACCUGUCUACUGAUCAGCUAUACGACAAAUGCAUUUCCAGGCGAAUACAUUCCCACCGUAUUCGACAACUAUUCAGCCAAUGUAAUGGUUGAUGCGAAACCCAUCAAUUUAGGUCUCUGGGAUACAGCAGGUCAAGAGGAUUACGAUCGUUUGCGUCCACUUUCCUAUCCACAAACAGAUGUUUUUCUGAUCUGCUUUUCGCUGGUCAAUCCGGCAUCUUUUGAGAAUGUACGCGCAAAAUGGUAUCCAGAAGUGCGCCAUCAUUGUCCAAAUGUGCCAAUCAUAUUAGUUGGCACUAAAUUGGAUUUACGCGAUGACAAAGGCACUAUUGAGAAACUCAAAGAUAAAAAGCUCACACCCAUCACAUAUCCACAGGGCUUGGCUAUGGCUAAGGAGAUUGGCGCUGUUAAAUAUUUGGAAUGUUCAGCACUGACACAAAAAGGUCUGAAGACUGUUUUUGAUGAGGCCAUACGUUCGGUACUCUGUCCCGUUAUGCGUGUGAAAAGGUCG